CUGCCGCACAAUGAAUGGCCGCUAAGCGCGGCGGCACCGGGAGCGGCUCCGGGAGCGGCCGCGGCCCCAGCGCAGCGCCCCCGGCCCCCGCCCCCGCCCGGCCGCCGCCAUGGCGCAGACACUGCAGAUGGAGAUCCCCAAUUUCGGCAACAGCAUCCUGGAGUGCCUGAACGAGCAGCGCCUGCAAGGGCUCUUCUGCGACGUCUCUGUGGUGGUCAAGGGCCACGCCUUCAAAGCCCACCGGGCCGUGCUGGCUGCCAGCAGCUCCUACUUCCGAGACCUUUUCCACAGCUCCAAGAGCGCCGUGGUGGAGCUGCCGGCGGCCGUGCAGCCCCAGUCCUUCCAGCAGAUCCUCAGCUUCUGCUACACCGGCCGCCUCAGCAUGAACGUGGGCGACCAGUUCCUGCUCAUGUACACGGCCGGCUUCCUGCAGAUCCAGGAGAUCAUGGAGAAGGGCACCGAGUUCUUCCUCAAGGUCAGCUCGCCCAGCUGCGACUCGCAGGGCCUGCACGGCGACGACACGCCGGGCUCGGAGCCGCAGAGCCCGGUGGCCCAAACGUCAGCGGUGCAGGGCUGGGCGGCCACGCUGCCCUUGGUGUCGCGGGUCAAGACGGAGCAGGGCGAGCCCGACGGCGUGCAGUGCACCUUCGUGGUCAAACGCCUCUGGGACGGCGCCGCCAAAGACGCCGGCGGCAACGGGAGCCGCAAAAUGGCCAAAUUCUCUGAGGCGGCGCCGCGCCCGCCGCAGCCGCCCGGCACUGGCGCCGGUACCAGCGCCGGCGGCACGGCCCCGGCUCCCGCGCCCGCCCCGGCGCCCGGCGCGGCCGCAGACCAGACCAGCCCCGGGGGCACAUCCAGCGCCUACACCAGCGACAGCCCCGGCUCGUUCCACAACGAGGAGGACGAGGAGGAGGACGGAGGCGAGGAAGGCUCGGACGAGCAGUACCGGCAGAUCUGUAACAUGUACACCAUGUACAGCAUGAUGAACGUGGGGCCCGCAGCUGCAGAGAAGGUGGAGGCCCUGCCCGAGCAGCCCCCCCCGGAGCCCCGUGCCCGCGCCCGUCUGCGCCAGGACCUGGCGUCGCUGCCGGCCGAGCUCGUCACCCAGAUCGGCAACCGCUGCCACCCCAAGCUCUACGACGAGGGCGACCCCGCCGAGAAGCUGGAGCUCGUCACUGGCACCAAUGUGUACAUCACGCGGGCGCAGCUGAUGAACUGCCACGUCAGCGCGGGCACGCGGCACAAGGUGCUGCUGCGCCGCCUGCUCGCCUCCUUCUUCGACCGGAACACGCUGGCCAACAGCUGCGGGACCGGGAUCCGCUCGUCCACCAACGACCCCAGCAGGAAGCCGCUGGACAGCCGGGUGCUGCACGCGGUCAAGUUUUACUGCCAGAACUUCGCUCCCAACUUCAAGGAGAGCGAGAUGAACGCCAUCGCGGCCGACAUGUGCACCAACGCGCGGCGCGUGGUGCGCAAGAGCUGGAUCCCCAAGCUGAAGCUGCUCAUGGCCGAGGGCGACUCCUACACCUCCUUCAUCAACGACACCGGCAAGCUGGAGCCCGACAUCAUGGGCCCCGAGCCCCCUUUUGAGGCGGGGGGCCCCGAGCCCGAGGGGGGGCCAGCAGGGGAGGGGCUGCAGUGACCCCCCCCCCGCCAUCCUGAGCCCACCCUGGGGAUGUCCCCCCCGAGCAGGGAGGGGACUCAACCCUAAACUGGGGGUGCAGAGCAAUGCCCCCCCACCCCGCCGCCCCCAGUAGGAGUAGGGACCCCCCCCAGACAGGGCCACCCCCCAGUGAGGGCAUAGGGACCCCCCCAGGAUCCUCCAGUGAGGAUGAAGGGAUUCCCCCCCCCCACCUGGGGACUCCCCCCUCACACAAAGGGGGGCAGGGUCCCACCAGCAAGGGACCCGCGUGGUUUAGGGACCCCCCCAACCCAAGAUGGGCACUCCCAGGGGCAGGGACCCCCCCAAAGUGACCCCUCAGGGGCAGG